CAGUCUUUAUAUUUUAGAGUUAAAAGAAAUGAACAAACUAUUUUUUUACAAGCUGAACCAUCAGAUACAAUUUUAAAAUUAAAAAAUGAUGUCUCUGCAAUUAAUAAAUUAUCAGAUAAUCCAUCAGAAAACAUAAGAUUUAUUUUUAACGGUAACCCAUUAGAUGACAAAAAAACAAUUUCUCAAACUAAUAUUCCAAAUGACUCUGUAAUUUUUAUGGUUUAUAGAACUGGUAUGUUAUUUAACAAUAAACCCUAUAAUCUAUCAAUAAAUAAUAUAACAAACAACAUAACCAAUAUUAUUAAUAGUGAUAAAACAUAUGAAGAAAUUGCUCCAGCUCUUCUCAAUCCAACUUAUUAA